AGAGACGUUCAAUGGGAAGUUGAACGCUGAUCAUGGAGCUCCUGUGAAAAGUGGCCGAAGUGUUUGGAGGAAAACUAUUGGAGACUGCAGGACACCUUCUCUAACGUUUCUUGGUCGAAAACCAUUCAUUGAGUAGAAGAUGAUGUCUGAUGCCAGUGAGAUGUUGGCUGCAGCCUUGGAGCAAAUGGAUGGCAUCAUAGCAGGCUCCAAGGCCAUGGACUACUCCAACGGGCUGUUUGACUGCCAGUCGCCCACUUCACCUUUCUUGGGUGGCCUUCGGGUGCUGCACCUCCUGGAGGACCUGCGGGGAGCGCUGGAGCUCAUGGACAACGAGGAGAGGGACAACCUGCGAUGUCAGAUCCCUGAUUCCACUGCAGAGGGACUGGCAGAGUGGCUGCAUGGACGAUUGACAAACGGCCAUGGCUCAGAAGCAGUCUACCAAGAACGUCUGUCACGACUGGAGAGUGACAAAGAGUGUCUCAUCCUUCAGGUGAGUGUUCUAACAGACCAGGUGGAAGUGCAAGGUGAAAAGAUACGGGACCUCGACACCUGCCUGGAGCAUCAUCGUGAGAAACUAAAUGCUACUGAGGAGCUGCUGCAACAGGAGCUGUUAAACCGGACAGCACUGGAGACGCAGAAGCUGGAGCUGAUGACCGAGGUGUCCAGUCUGAAGCUGAAGCUGACGGCUGUGGAGAGAGAUCACAUAGACAAUGAGGGCUUAUAUCGGGAAGUAACGGACCUGCGGUUCAGGGUGACUGACAUAGAGAAUGAAAGACUGCAGUGUGAGAAGAAACUCAAAGCUACCAAACGUCCAAAGCAGAACACUGAACAGUUCAGUGGCGAUGAGGAGGAGCUGCAGCUCCUGCAGAAGCAGCUGGAGGAGCGAGAGGUGGAGCUGAGGAGGCUGAAGGACGAGAACAAACUGAGGGUGGAGAGCCACAACGGGGCUGAGGGAGGAGAGAGAGAUGCUGAGGCGUUGAAGAUGAAGAGGGUGCUGGAGACACUGGCGUCGGCCAACGAUGAGAAGGAACAAAGGAUAAAAGAACUGGAGGAGUCACUUACAAAGUACAACAAAGUGCAGGAGCUGGUCAAAGAGAAGCCGAAGGAAGACGACUAUGACGAUAUCCCAGAUGAUCCCUCGGUUCCUGUGUCCAUGGAGGUGGAUCAGGUCACCCUGGUGGGGGAGGCAGGAAGGAGCUCCGGCGAGUCUAUUCCAUGUAUAGCAGUGCUCUCUGAAAUGAAGGACUUGGACAGAGAACGGCAGUUAAAGGCAGCUGAAAGUUCCUUAAACGUCCCACAGCCGGGCAGCAAUAACCAGGCCAAAAAUAAAGCAGGACCUGGUGUCUCGCCUCCUACCAAAGCAAACACCACAUGUGAUGAGAGUUUUGGCACAAAGAAAGCCCGUUCUUCUUUCGGCCGUGGCUUCUUCAAGCUGCGUGGAGGCAAGCAAACAGCCAGCACUCCAAACCUAGCUGUAACAGAACGUAAAGGCACAGAGCACCUGGACUUGGCCGGCGUUCCUCCGCAAAAGUCUCAUGAUGGAGCUCCUCUGGCGUCCUCGCCUGAAACCAAAAAGAAGUCCAAAGGCUUCAGGAAAUUCUUUGGCAGAUUAAAGAGGAGUCACUCUACCUCUUUCAACCUCGAUGAUGCAGCAGAGAUGGAGUUCAGAAGGGGCGGAGUCAGAGCCACAGCUGGCCCUCGACUCGGCUGGUCACGUGAAUCUAAGCAGAAUGCUAUUGAUGUUCCUUUCUCACGGUGGAGUAAAGAUGAUGUUUGUGCGUGGCUGCAUGAGCAGGGCCUCGGGUUAUAUGUUGCCCAGGGUCACAGCUGGAUCAAAUCAGGACAAACACUACUGCAGGCGUCACAACACGAUCUGGAGAAGGAGCUGUGCAUGAAGCAGCCUCUCCACAAGAAAAAGUUGCAGCUGGCUCUGCAGGCUCUCGGGUCGUCGGAGGAGGACGAUCUCAAGGGCAAGCUGGACCACAACUGGGUGACCAGGUGGCUGGAUGACAUCGGCCUCCCGCAGUACAAAAGUCACUUUGAUGAGGCUCGUGUUGACGGACGCAUGCUGCACUACAUGACGGUGGAGGACUUGCUGUCUUUGAAGGUGGGCAGUGUCCUCCAUCAUCUCAGCAUCAAGAGGGCCAUUCAGGUCCUCCGCCUCAACUCCUACGAACCCAACUGUCUCAGGCGACGACCCUCUGAUGAGAAUAACAUCACGCCUGCAGAGAUCUCCCAGUGGACCAACCACAGAGUGAUGGAGUGGCUCCGGUCUGUGGAUUUGGCAGAAUACGCCCCAAAUCUGAGGGGCAGCGGUGUUCAUGGAGGGCUGAUGGUGUUGGAGCCCCGCUUCAAUGUGGAGGGACUCGCUCUUCUGCUCAACAUUCCUCCCAACAAAACCCUGCUGAGACGCCACCUGGCAACACAUUUCCACCUGCUCAUCGGCUCCGAGGCGCAGCGGCUCAAACAGGACUGUCUGGAAAACCCAGACUACACCGUCCUCACUGCCACUGCCAAGGUCAAGCCUAGACGCCUUUCAUUCGGUGGUUUUGGCACUUUGAGGAAGAAACGACAAGAUGAUGGCGAGGAAUACGUCUGCCCCAUGAACGUGGAAAUGCCCAAGAGUAGCAGCUUCCAGAGGGGCGUCCAGCUCUACGAGGAGAACCUGGACCACCUGGAACAGAUGGAAGACUCUGAAGGGACUGUUCGACAGAUUGGAGCAUUUUCUGAGGGAAUUAACAAUCUGACGAUCAUGCUGAAGGACGAUGAGUUUUUUCAAGAGAUCUCCGUCUGCCCGCCGGAGGUCGAUGCGGCAGGAACUCAUAACUCUGGCAUGUGAUUUGAGUCACUGGACUCACCUUUGUGGGAGGAACAAACCGCCAGUCCAAAUCCCUCCACCUCCCACCAACCUCUGUAGUGUGAGACCUUUAACAGUAUUUUCAUCAUUCAGAAGUACAGCCAUAGCUUUCAUGGCCAUAUAUAUUUAUUGAAGCUUUCCAAAAUAUAAGUGCAUGAACUGAAAAUGCAAGAUUUUAUUGCAUUCAUGAACCCCCCCCCCUCCCCCCGCCUUGUAUUAUUCAAGCAUGUUUGUUAUUUCUCUCUGGCUUAUUUUGGGAAGUGUAGUACUCAAGUUCUCAUGUAUUUGUGGUACUUCUAAGUGUUUUUUUUUUAACAUCAGUUCACAAAAAUUACAGCAAACAAACAGUCUCUUGUUUACCAUCUAGUGGUAUCUAGCUGCAGAGAUAGUUUUGGUUUUGAGAUUUCUGCCACUCCACUCUUUAGAUUUUUUCCAGAAAGUGUCCUCACACUGUAUAUAAUUUUCUGUUGAUAGGAUGUUUUAUGCAUCAUCCAGGACACUGUUUCUGGACAGAUGUUGCUGUUUAGGGCCCCCCCCCCCCAAAAUGCUGUGAGCGCCACACGUGUUACAUUUACCAUAGAAUUGGGAUCGAGACAAAUCUGGGAGGCAGGCAGAUCUCUCAAAACCUGGACAAAUAACUUAUCUCCAUGGCUAGAUGCCACUGGAGAAAGUGAGCUUUUAUUUUUCGAAGAAUAGUUUGACGUUUCCGAGAAUUAGGUGAGAAGCUCGAUCCCACUCUUGUGUCUGCUUUUUUUAAAUAUGAAGCUAGAGCCAGGAGAGGAUUACCUUAGCAUAAAGCCUGGAAGCAGCUUGUCUGCCUCUUUUUAAAGCUCACUAAUUAACCUUUUUUUGUCUAAUCCAAAAGCUGUCCACCACAAUAGUAAAAGGCAACGCUCUCCUAAAACCACAAAUUUGUUUUCAAAUGUGUUCGUACGGAUUAACACAAUUAGAUGUGUUUUAAUUAGUGAACUUUAGAUUUCCCCCCCAUCUGCUUUUAGUCUUUAUGCUAAGCUAAUAAGCUCCCGGCUCUAUACAUGAGUGGUAUUGAUCCUCUUAUUUAACUCUUGGCAUGAAAGCCAAUAAAGUCUCCAGAUGUCAAACAAUUCUUUUAAGAAACAGCACGACUGAAAGUAAACAUGGAAACCAAAGUCGUUUUUAAAUUUUUGGUAAUAAAAAGAGAAAAUGUG